CCCGAGUCGCUUCUCCGCGACGGAUUUGUGUACAGAUUUAAUUUGAUCUUUUGAGAAGAAUAUGCUGAUUCAAUCUACAGAAUAAAAGAAAGAUAAAAGCUGUACUUCGGCGUCCUGCGGUCGUGAUAUUUUUGAGGACAGUCGAUAUUUUCCGCUGUCGAUCCGUCACGGGUCAAUGGUUCUGGCCGCCGGUGGAAAGCGGUUUUGGAGCCGUAUGGUGAGCUCUGGUACUGUGGUGUUUGGUUGGGUCUGUCGGUCAGGAUGAGCAUGGAGGUUCCUGCGGGUCUGACCGAGCUGCUGAAGGGCUACACGCUGGAGGUGCUGAAGCGGAGGCCCGCGGACCUGCUGGAGUUCUCCGUGCAGUACUUCACCUGUCUGAGGGAGCAGCGCAGCUCCAGCCGCGCCAGCAGCAGCCGCUCACCGGUGAUCCGCGGCGUGGCCUUCGACCAGGACUCCGCACCCACCGACUCCAGCGAGGAAGAGGAGGAGGAAGAUGACUUCCCAGAUGAUUUUACAUUCAAAGCUCCUCCACCCAGUAAAUGCAACAGACGUGUAUCAGUGUGUGCAGAGGCGUAUAACCCUGAUGAAGAUGAAGACGAGGGCGGCGAGUUGAGGGUCGUUCACCCCAAAACUGAUGAGCAGCGUCAGCGUCUACAGGAGGCCUGCAGGGACAUACUGCUGUUCAAAACCCUCGAGCAGGAUCAGUUCGCUGAGGUGUUAGACAGCAUGUUCGAGGUGCUGGUCAAACCAAACGAGUGCAUCAUCAAUCAGGGUGACGACGGUGAUAAUUUCUACGUCAUUGAGAGGGGCGUGUUUGAUAUCGUGAUUCAGAAGGACGGCGUGAGCCGCUGUGUGGGUCGCUAUGAUAAUAAAGGCAGCUUUGGUGAGCUGGCCCUCAUGUACAACACGCCGCGCGCCGCCACCAUCAGGGCCACUCAGGAGGGGGCGCUGUGGGCACUGAGCCCUAGUUAUUAUGUCUCUGUGUGUCAGUUAUCGGAGCGCAUGAAGAUCGUUGACGUGGUUGGGAUGAAGACGUUCAGCGAUGGCGAGCAGAUCAUACGGCAGGGCGAUUCGGCCGACUGCUUCUAUGUCGUGGAGUCUGGAGAAGUCAGGAUCAUGAUCAGAAGCAAAACUCAGGCGGGUCAGAGGUCACAGGGGGAGGUGGAGGUCGCGCGCUGCUCCAGGGGUCAGUAUUUCGGUGAGCUGGCGCUGGUCACCAAUAAACCCCGAGCGGCGUCUGUGUACGCGGCAGGAGAGACCAAGUGUUUAGUGAUCACCGUGCAGGCGUUCGAGCGUCUGCUGGGCUCCUGUAAGGAGAUUCUGAAGAGGAACAUCCAGCAGUACGAGCAGCAGCUGCUAGCCCUGUUCAGAUCCACCGUAGAUCUCAAACACUGAACCACAGACACCUCACGCUAGAUUAAAACAUCUGCGCCGUCAGUUUGAGAAGACUAACAUCACACACAACAGUGAAUCAAAUCCACGGCUCAGAAAACAAUAUCGAGCAGAAUUUGAAAAGCUCUGACCUUCAGCAAACACAGCUUUUGUGAACUGAGACGAGUUGUUACUUUCUAAGCGCUGAAGAGGUUUUCAACCCAAAUGUUCCUUGUUUUCUGACAGAUUCUCACCACUGACUCCAGC